AAAGUCAAUAAAACAUAUUUUUGAAAAAAGAAAAAAAAGAAUGAAGGGAUGGAAAAAGGUAUAUCAGGCAAAUACUAACGAGAAGAAAACUGGGAUAAUAAUUGUAAUACCAAACAAAAUAGAAUUUAGGUGGAAAAUAUUUAAAGGGGCAAGGGGGACAUUUAAUAUUGAUAAAAGGAACAAUCUACCAAGACCUACAGCAGCCAUAAGUUUAUGUGCCUGUAGCAAAAUCUUCAUCUACACAAGCAAAAUUGGCAUAAUCAUGGGGAAAAGUUUACAAGUCUAUAGCAAUAUUGAAGACUUUAAAACAUCUAAUUAAGCGGCCUGCGGGGGCUGGGUUCCAUCAGCCUCCAAGGGCUGUAGGUGGGCCCUGGUAGAAAUUGCCCGAACCUUGGGGGCGAAGACGGAGUCUUUCGGCAGUUCAGCUCUGCUGGAGGAGAGAAGCUGCAGACUUCUAGGCUGGUGAUUCUGGAUGGUGCAAGGAAAACCUAGCUUCUUACGUUCCCUUUCCCAUCUCCGUCAUCUGAGCGAACUACCAUUUCCCAAGAGAAGAGCCAAGAGGAGGAAAGAACGGCUGUUGGACUUCUUAAAACUGUGUACCAGGAGUUGGUGACCUUCAGGGAUGUGGCUGUAGACUUCUCCCAAGAGGAGUGGGAUUGUGUAAAUUCAUCUCAAAGGCAUCUGUACAGUAACGUGAUGUUCAAGAACUACAGGAUCUUGGUGUCACUGGGACUUUGCUUUUCUAAGCCAAGUGUGAUAUUAUUGUUGGAACAAGGGAAAGAGCCCUGGAUGGUGAAGAAAGAGCUGGCAAAAGGCUUGUGCUCAGGCUGGGAAUCUGUGUGUGACAGUAAAGAAUUAACCCAAAAGCAGGACAUUUGUGAAGCACAGUCAUCUCAGAAGAUAACAGAAAAACUUACAAGCUAUGGCCUUGAGUACUCCAAUUUGAGAGAGGAAUGGAAAUGCGAGGGCCAUUCUGAGAGACAACCAGUGAAUCAGAAGGCAUAUUUCAAAGAAGAGAGAAUUACUAAUGAAGAAGCCCUUGUUUAUGAAACAGGACAAGAAUAUAACAAAUCUUGGCAAAUUUUCCAUCUGAACAUGCUGCUUCAUACACAGCAGGUAGUUCCAAAAGAGGAGAAAGUACAUAAACAUGACACACAUAAGAAAAGGUUUAAAAAUAAUUUAACUGCUAUUAAACCCAAGAAUAUCUAUACAGAGAAGAAACUUUUGAAAUGUAAUGAAUGUGAAAAAGUUUUCAGCCAGAGCUCAUCCCUUAUUCUUCAUCAAAGAAUUCAUACUGGAGAGAAACCCUAUAAAUGUGUAGAAUGUGGAAAAGCGUUCAAAAAAACCCCCCAUCUAAUUAAGAAACUGAUAGAAAAAGUGGCAAACAGUAAGAAAAGUAGGAUUAACACCAUUAGCAAGGUUGACCAGAUAGCUGUAUUGAAAGAUAACCUGUAUUCAACAACAACUAUAUAAUUUCCUCAAGUACACAUGGAAGAAUUAUAAAAACUAACCAUAUACUAAGCUUUAAAAGAAAUAUCAAAAAUCCCAGGGCAUCAAUAAACACAGACUAUAUGUAUAUACUGUGACACAAUGCAGUAAAAUUAGAAAUCAACAAUAGAGCUAACUUGACAGAGAGAGAAACAUAUUUGGAAACAGAAAAAAAAAAAUGUUCUAAAUAAUCCUUGAGUUAAAGCACAAAUCACAACAGCAAUUAGUAAGCAAAUAGAGAUAAACAACUAUGAAAGCACCCUGUGUCAUGACUUAUGGGAUGCACUCAUUCGGUUCUUUGAGCCUUCGAGGCUUUUAUUAGAAAGCAAAAUAGACAUUAAAUAACCUAAGCAAUCAAUUCAAGAAGCUAGAAAAAACAGCUGGAUGUGCUCAAAAAAAAAGUAAAAGGAUGGAA